GGCAGCACGCAGAAAGGAUGAGUUUGCCCGUUUUCAGGAGCUGAUCUUUCGCUUCGCUCCCCAGCUCCUGUUGCUUCAACCCCGAGUUCGCCGGAGGAGCUCCCCUGCCGAGGACGCGCCGGAGGACUGCCUGCCGAGGAUGCGCCACAGGAGCUGCCUGCUGAGGAUUCCCAUAGGAGCUGCCUGUCGAGGACGCGCCGGAGGAGCUCCCUGCGAGGAUGAGCCACAUGAGCUGCCGUCUGAGGAAACCCUGGGGGAGCUGCCGUCCGAGGAAACCCUGAAGGAGCUGCCUCCGAGGAUAAGCCGGAGGAUCUGCCUCCCAAAGGGGAGACGCCGGAGAAGCUGCCGGUAGCAGAAAGACCGUUGGAGGAACAGCGA